AUGACUGGCGGAGAGGUGAUUUUCAACAUGCUCGUGGAGCAUGGUGUGGACACCGUGUUUGGUUACAGUGGAGGUGCAGUUCUGCCUUUGAUUGACGCAUUUCAUGGCAAGAACAUCCAGUGGAUCACAUCCUCCCACGAGCAGUGCUCCGGUCACUCAGCAGCGGCUUAUGCGAAGUCCACAGGCAAGUUCGGAGUGGCCAUUGUGACCAGCGGCCCUGGAUUGACGAACCUCGUGACUCCCAUGCAGGAUGCUCUGACGGAUGGUGUUCCCAUGGUCAUCUUCUCUGGCCAAGUUCCUACUGGUGCAAUGGGCACUGACGCUUUUCAGGACAUGAAGCUUGUGGCUUUCUUCACAUGCUGA